UGGCUUAGCGCGGUUAUGAUUUUGUAUAAAAGUGCAUGCUGCGCAUCAGACAGCAGUAUAGUUCGCAUUUGUCCAUCGGUGGAGCAUUACAUCUCCAGUUCAGUUCAGUUGAAAGCACCCCCACCCACCAACACAUAAGCAGCUGGUGCUCACAAAGAACGAUUCACUUUCCUCAACGACUCUCCCAUCUCCAUCUCUUCGUCUCGCUGCAGCUUGAUUCAUUUGCAGCUAAAGCAGCAUCCGAUCCGUCAUGCGAUUGCUUUAUGGUGUCAUCACCGUCGUCGUCGUCGUUGUCGUCGGCGGCCUGGUCCACGAUGCGGCAGCUGCGAAACGUGAGGCGCCACUGAACAACGGCUACUUGCCACCAUCCUCGUCAUCGUCCUCGCACCACAGGCCAUCCUCCAAGUACGGUGCACCACCGCCCAGCUCCUAUCUGCCACCAGCCUCUGGGCCAGCGCCCUCCUUCAAAGCUGCUCCCUCCAGCAGCUAUGGCGCUCCCCCUCAGAGCAGUUCGUCGGGCGGUCCAUAUCCCGCUGCCGCUCCUCGCCCCUCCAGCUCCUAUGGAGCUCCACCUCAGCGUCCCUCCUCCAGCUACGGCGCACCACCCAGUCGCCCCAGCCAGUCGUACGGACCGCCACCACAGGCCAAGAAGCAUCACCAUCGUCGUCCGUCUUCCAGCUACGGCGCACCGCGGCCUGCAGCACCUUCAUCUUCCUACGGAGCUCCUGCACCGCCUUCCAAGUCUUAUGGCGCACCCCAGCAGCCUUCCUCCUCGUAUGGAGCACCUGCAGCACCUUCGAAGUCUUAUGGCGCACCCCAGCAGCCCUCACAGUCCUAUGGAGCACCCGCGCAGCCCUCAUCAAAGUACGGACCUCCCAAGUCCGCGCCUUCGCCCAGCUACGGAGCACCGAGACCAGCACCUCCCUCCUCUUCGUAUGGAGCCCCAGCUGCUCCCUCUUCCUCGUAUGGAGCGCCAUCAGCACCUUCGUCGUCUUAUGGAGCACCAGCACCACCCUCCAAGUCGUACGGAGCUCCUGCACCACCUUCCUCCUCAUAUGGAGCACCUGCCGCACCUCCAUCUUCUUCCUAUGGAGCACCUGCUGCACCACCUUCCAAGUCUUACGGAGCGCCUGCCCCGCCUUCCUCAUCCUAUGGAGCACCUGCCGCACCACCCUCCUCCUCUUAUGGAGCGCCCGCAUCACCCUCCAAGUCAUAUGGCGCACCCGCACCACCAUCGCAGUCUUAUGGAGCACCUGCCGCGCAGCCUUCCUCUUCCUACGGUCCACCCAAGUCCGCACCAGCACCACCAUCCUCCAACUAUGGAGCACCCGCACCCGCACCACCAUCCUCCAGCUAUGGAGCACCGGCACAACCAUCCUCCAGCUAUGGCGCACCUGCCCAAGCACCCACCAACUCCUAUCUGCCACCCGUCUCGCGGCCCUCGAAGCCCUCCUCCGCCUACAAUGCGCCCAGCGUGAGCAGCUUCGUGCCACUGCCAUCGGCGCCCUCGACCAACUAUGGAGCUCCCUCGAAGACCCAGACGCUGGGCAGCAGCGGCUACACCUCGGGACCAGCUGCAUCUUAUGAGGCGCCAGCAGCACCUCCUUCAUCGUCGUAUGGUGCACCAUCGGUCUCCUCCUCGUUCCAGCCAAUCUCUGCGCCCUCGUCCAGCUAUGGAGCGCCCAGCGUCGGAUCCAGCUCUGGCAGCUUCGCCUCCGCUCCUUCUUCGUCUUAUGGCGCUCCGAGCAAGGGCUCCAGCGGUGGUGGUUCAUACCAAUCGGCGCCUUCCAGCUCCUACUCCGCGCCAAGUCCCAGUGCCAACAGCGGAGGAUCGUAUGCUUCGGCUCCCUCCUCCUCGUACUCUGCACCAAGUGCCAGCGCCAACAGCGGAGGCUCCUACCCAGCUGCUCCAUCCAGCUCUUACUCUGCACCCAGCCCAAGCUCCAACAGUGGUGGACCCUACCCAGCGGCUCCGUCCAGCUCUUACGGCGCUCCCAGCGCUAGCUCGAAUAGUGGAGGACCCUAUCCGGCUGCCCCAUCCUCUUCGUACUCUGCACCCAGCGCCAGCUCGAACAGCGGAGGACCUUACCCAGCUGCACCCUCGUCCUCGUACGGGGCACCAAGUGCUCCUUCGUCCUCGUACUCCGCGCCAAGUCCCAGUGCCAAUAGCGGCGGUCCUUACCCAUCGGCUCCUUCCAGCUCUUAUGGUGCACCCAGCAGCAGCUCAAACAGCGGUGGACCUUACCCAGUUGCUCCUUCAUCCUCGUACUCCGCACCUAGCCCCAGUGCCAACAGCGGCGGAUCCUACCCAUCUGCUCCUUCCUCCUCGUACGGGGCACCAAGUGCUCCUUCGUCCUCGUACUCCGCGCCAAGUCCCAGUGCCAAUAGCGGCGGUCCUUACCCAUCGGCUCCUUCCAGCUCUUAUGGUGCACCCAGCAGCAGCUCAAACAGCGGCGGACCUUACCCCUCAGCACCAUCCAGCUCUUAUGGUGCUCCCAGCUCUGGCAGCUUCAGCUCGGGAUCUAGCGCUGGCAGCUUCAGCUCGGGCACUGGCUCUAGCUCUAGCAGCUUCAGCUCUGCAUCUGGUUCAACCUUUUCAGCAGCUCCUGCCUUUGGCUCGUCCUCGUCCGGCUCGUCUUCGUCUAGCGGUGGUUAUCCCUCCGCACCCUCCUCCUCCUAUGGCGCUCCAUCCAGCUCAUAUGGAGCACCUGCUGCCGAUGGUCCCUCAUCCAGCUACAGCGCUGCACCCGCCAGCGGUUCGUCCAGCUCUGGCUCGUAUCCCAGUGCACCUUCCUCCUCGUACGGGGCACCCGCUGAGAAUUCUGGCUACAACUACUCCGGACCCAGUCAAGGUGUGCCCGAGACCAUCCAGCAGGGCUACAGCUCCGACGGUGGCUACACCUACCGCAAGAAGUGAGCCAGUCAGAACUGCCCACGCAGCUGCCAAGUGCCUUCGAAUACUCAAAUAUUCCGCCCCAUCAUGUCAUCAUCACCGCUUUCAUCUCCGCAAUGCGUCGCCAUUUUUACUCGUUAUCUUUAGCUGUAAAUUAUUCCCCAACUGACGCAAAAUCCAUUUUAAUUUUGAGCUCUA